AUGGCGGCGCUGGUGGCGUCCGAGGCGGCGGAGCCGGGCUCUGGGAAAGGUCGAGUCCCUCGGGGCCGCUUGGCCAAUCAAAUCCCCCCUGAGAUCCUGAACAACCCCCUGCUGCAGGCAGCCAUUCAAGUCCUGCCUUCCAACUAUAACUUUGAGAUCCCCAAGACCAUCUGGAGGAUCCAGCAGGCCCAGGCCAAGACGGUGGCCUUGCAAAUGCCUGAAGGCCUCCUCCUCUUCGCCUGCACCAUUGUGGAUAUCUUGGAAAGGUUCACAGAGGCCGAAGUGAUAGUGAUGGGUGAUGUGACCUAUGGGGCUUGCUGUGUGGAUGACUUUACUGCAAGGGCCCUGGGAGCUGACUUCCUGGUGCACUAUGGCCACAGCUGUCUGGUUCCCAUGGACACCUCUGCCCAAGACUUUCGGGUGCUGUAUGUCUUUGUGGACAUCCGGAUAGACACUACCCAUCUACUGGACUCUAUCCGCCUCACCUUUCCCCCAGCCAGUGCCCUUGCACUGGUCAGCACCAUACAGUUUGUAUCAACCUUGCAGGCAGUUGCCCAGGAGCUGAAAGCUGAGUAUUGUGUGAGUGUCCCACAGUGCAAACCCCUGUCCCCUGGGGAGAUUCUGGGCUGCACAUCCCCCUACCUGCCCAAAGAGGUGGAGGCUGUUGUAUAUCUUGGAGAUGGCCGCUUUCACCUGGAGUCUGUCAUGAUUGCCAACCCCAACAUCCCUGCUUACCGAUAUGACCCAUACAGCAAAGUCCUAUCCAGAGAGCACUAUGACCACCAGCGAAUGCAGACUAACCGCCAAGAAGCCAUAGCCACUGCCCGCUCAGCUAAAUCCUGGGGCCUUAUCCUGGGCACUUUGGGCCGCCAGGGCAGCCCCAAGAUUCUGGAGCACCUGGAAUCUAGGCUCCAAGCUUUGGGACUUCCCUUCCUGAGGCUACUGCUCUCUGAGGUCUUCCCCAGCAAGCUUAGUCUACUUCCUCAGGUAGAUGUGUGGGUUCAGGUGGCAUGCCCACGCCUCUCCAUUGACUGGGGCACAGUCUUCCCCAAGCCGCUGCUGACACCUUAUGAGGCGGCGGUGGCCCUGAGGGACAUUUCCUGGCAGCAGCCCUACCCCAUGGACUUUUAUGCCACCAGCUCCUUGGGGCCAUGGACGGUGAACCACGGACGAGACCGGCCCUCCCAGGCAUCCCGCCGGCCUGCGCUGGGGAAGGAGGGGUCCACACGCCUUUCUCCAGCCGUGGCUUGCGAGGGUUGCAGCUGCAGAGAUGAGAAGGUGGUGCCAGUCGCUCGGUGAAACGCUCCUGAAUCGCAGGGUCCUGCCCUCCGGAGGAGCAUCUUCGAGGCUGGUGGUUUUCAGAACAGGGAGCAGACAUUUUCUCCGCAUUGGAAGAGCCCACUGUGUGCAGA